AAUAAUUAUGUGAGUAGUAUACAUAUAAAUGUGUACUGUUAGGUAUUUUUCAGUUCGAUUGCGUUUUUAAUUUGGCUAUGUUGAGUUACGGGGCUUUAGUAGGAACUGUGGCCAUCCUUGCCAUUGCUGCUGAUGGUUUUAUUUUAGGCAAUCGGCCCCACAUUUUUCAUAAGGACCGGAAGAAGCAAAAUACUGCUGAAGAUACUCUUAUCUUAUCUCACGUACUAUUUCGUCAUGGAAACAGAACUCCCGAACUUUCCGAAUUAUAUCCAUUGGAUCCCUACUAUAAUUACACCUAUUAUCCAUUAAAACAUGGACAGCUAACUGAUGCAGGAAAGAAAAGAGAGUUCUCUAUAGGCACAGCUCUUAGGGAAAGAUAUAAUAAUUUUCUAGGAGAUUAUUAUGUUCCGGACUUAGUGGAUGCUAGAAGCACGGAUAGAAACCGCACGAAAAUGUCUUUGUUGCUAGUUUUAGCCAGUUUGUUUCCGCCAAGAUAUUCAGAAAUAUGGAACGCGAAGCUAAACUGGCAACCCAUACCAUACAAUUAUCUUCCAGAUACAGACGAUCCAAUCAUAUAUGGAAUCAACUGCCCAAAUUAUUUGAGCCUGUACGAUGAACUUCAGACGUCGCCGAAGGUUUUAGCUGAAUAUGAAAAAUAUGCCGACAACUUCACUUACAUUUCCGAGAAUAGUGGCCUGAAUGUAACUGGGUAUAGUCAAGUUUACGAUCUGUAUUUUGGACUCUCCACAGAAGAAGAAUAUGGCCUAAGAUUGCCAGACUGGACAGCCAAAGUAUGGCCGGAUUUUAUCAAUGAAAUUUCUUAUAAGCAGUAUUCCAUUUAUACUAGGACUACGCAACUUCGAAAAAUGGCAGCAGGUUAUCUGAUUCAGAAAAUGAUUAUCGAUACAGAGAAUAGAAUAAGCGGAUCCAAUAACGACACAAAGAUCUAUUUGUACUCGGCCCAUGAAAAUAAUCUUGGGCAGUUUCUAAUGACAUUAGAUUUGUUUGAAUAUCCGCAUAUUCCAACGUAUGGUUCAUAUAUUCUGGUAGAGGCGCACUACAUAAAUAGCACAUACGGUUUUAAGAUCUACUAUCAAAAUUAUAAUGGUACAACAUCACCUAAGCUACUCAAACUGUCAGCGUGUGACGAAUUUUGUCCACUAAACGAGUUUAAAAGUUUAGUUGAGGAAUACAUGCCUGAAGAUGGAACAUGUGGCAAUUAAGUGUGAAUGGAAAGUUGGAAAAUUUCAGCUCCCGUUUUGCAAAUUGGAUAAACCUUAUUGAGGAUAAGUAGCAAAUAUUCGUACUUGAAUUGCACCUAAACGAAUUACAAAUAUUCCGUUACCUAUUAAUUAGAGAUAGAUAUUUUAUGACAUUGCAAAAUGAGCCUCAGAUAUCAACUUCCCUAUAUCGACAUUAGAUAUUCAAGGGAGAAAAAUAUCGACCAAAACAAGCUCUUUGUUUAUGAAACGUUGAAGCUGAAUUAUUUUCCAUAUUCCAAAAUGUACGGCUUUCGGUGAUAAGUGUCGAGAAAUACAUUUUACGCGCUCACGAAAUAACAUAUUUCUGGAAGUUGUUUUGGAACGGCACACGAAAUAUGUUAUGCAAAUUGGUUUACUGAAAGAUUUGGGAGCAAACGUUUCAAAGGUUUUACAGUAUUAUAAAAGAGAUGAAAGUCAUAUGCCAGUUUUGUUAAAUUCAUUUAAAAGUUUAUUGAAGGAAAUGUCUUGAUUUAGGGAUUUAGAAAUAAAACGUGUCCUUAUUUAAAGUUAAAUUUGUUUUGGUGGAUAUUUGGAAAGCCGGUGCUGACAGCUUUUUUAAUAUGAUGUUUUAUUAUGAUAUUUCAUUUAUUGUACUUUUAUUCUGUCAGCUUGGAAAUGUAAUAUAAAUAAAAUAACAAAUAAAUUGAUGAGUUUGUAGAAGUA